CCUCCCUCAAACCCAUGUGUUGCUGGAGGAGGUGAUUCUACCUCAGCAUGUGUGUGUAUGAAAGAUAUUGAGAAGGGAUCACAAGAGAGUGCUGGGUGUUAGGAAGCAGAGACAAUGAUGAUGGGUUGACCUUUGGAAAGCGUCUCACCUUAAAAAACCUGGAGAACAUGGAAGCCAAAAAGGUCCUCCAUUUUGUGCCAUCUGAAGCUCCAUCCACAGGGAGGUCCAAGAAUGGAUAUGUUUUCCAAGAAAUGGAGCUGCAGGAUGGGGAACAGGAGGAUUGUGGGCAAGAAUCACCUGUCACUCACAAGGGCCACAUCUAUGAAAACCAAAUCAAGAUCAGUGUUUCAGAUCCUGAAGGCCCUGGAUUUGGGCUAUUAAAUACAACAAGAAAAUAUGUGAAGCCAAUGAACUUCCAGGAGGAAGUGCGUGCCCACAGAGACCUGGACAGCUUCCUGGCCCAGGCGAGCAUCCUUCUAGAUGAGAAAGCUACCACUCUGGACGAGGUCCUGAGGCGAAUGCUGACUCACGUGGUGGAGGAUGGCUUCGGGAGCUGUGACGUGGAUGAGGUCAUGAACUCGCUGUUCACAGAUGCGGGAGGAAAAGAGUUCAAUGUUCACCUUCUCUCAGAGACCAUUCAGGGUGUGACGGCUACUUCCACUGGCAUUCGAUACCAGCAAUCCUGGCUUUGUAUUCUCUCCAACGUGAGGAGCCUGCAGAGACGCCAUGUCUGCGUCGCCCGCCUGGAGAGGCCGCAGAACUGGGGAGUCAACUGUUGCGAGGCUCGCUAUGUCAUCCUCAUCCUGGCCCCUCCCAGAACGAAAAGCACCAAGACGGCCAUUGAACUGGGUCGAACAUUCGCCACGAUGUUCUCCGACAUUUCCUUCAGACAGAAGCUUCUGGACGCCAAGACUCAGGAGGAGUUCAAACAAGAGCUGGUCUACCAGCGACAGCAACUCUCUAUAGUCAGCGAGAAGCCGGUCGUAGAGGAAGUGGAGGAUGCAGAUCCACGUAGAGGGAAACCACUUCAGUGCAAAGAUUUCUUCAAAGCUGGUAAAGGUGUUUAUGAUGACCUCCGUCGCAGACUCCCCCUCUACCCCUCAGACUUCACAGAUGGUAUAACCGGGAAGGACCGCUCUCUGCUGAAGUACACCACCACUGCUAUUUUCCUCUAUAUUGCCAUUCUACUGCCUGCUAUUGCCUUUGGCUCAUUGAAUGAUGAAAGCACAAGAGGAGAGAUAGAUGUUCAGAAGACCAUUGUUGGUCAGAGCAUUGGCGGAGUCAUCUAUGCUUUGUUUGCUGGCUCACCACUCGUCAUUCCACUGACCACUGCACCACUGGCCAUCUUCAUAAGUGUCAUCCGGGGUAUCUGUGAUGACUACAACCUGGACUUUGACGCUUUCUACGCCUGCAUUGGUUUAUGGAACAGUUUGUUCCUCAUCCUCGGAGGCUUAUUCAAUGUCAGCCUGCUGAUGAAACUCUUCAAACGCUCAACAGAAGAAGUCAUUGCAUUGUUCAUCUCCAUAGCAUUUGUCGGGGAUGCAGUGAAAGGCUCCGUCAAAAUUUUUGAGCACUUCUAUCACGGGCCCACACUGGCAACCACAAACAGCACGUUGGUGCUUCAGCAGAUUAAUGAGAUUCUAGAGAAGACAAAGAACCAGACGGAAAACACGCUCAGGCAUCAUAAUGAGACUGGUUCACUGCUGGGACACACUGAAGGACAUGCGUCUGUCUUCCUGCCUGAGUCUUUGGUGUUAUGCACAAGAGAAAGACCUAUUCUCUGUCUGCUGCUCAUGUUGGGGACUCUGUGGCUGGGUUACGCUCUCUACCUUAUCAAGAGAAGCCCGUAUCUGAAUGACAAAAUCAGAGAGGUGGUGUCUGACUGUGCUUUGCCUAUCUCUGUGGUGAUAUUCUCCUUCAUUGGCUCCUACCUUUUCCUUGACAUACAGCUCCCGGUGUUCAGUGUCCACGAUGGCCCCAUUUUCAACUUCCCUCCUUUUGAAAAGCUGACAGGGAUGAACACACUGAGCGCAGUUGGACUGGGUUUUCUCCUUUCAUUGCUCAUCUUUAUCGACCAGAACAUUGUCAUCUCCCUUACACAUGUACCAGAACACAAGUUGCUAAAAGGCACAGCGUUCCACUGGGACUUAAUGCUGACUGGCUUCAUCAACAUCCUCAUGUCCUGUCUCGGGCUGCCAUGGAUGCACGCCGCCUUCCCACAUUCCUCCCUACACGCCCGUCAGCUGGCCAAAGUGGAACAGCACGUAGAGAACGGACACCUCUACACGACUAUCGUCAGUGUGAAGGAAACACGUCUGACCUCGCUGGCAGCCAACAUCCUGAUUGGCCUGUCUGCCUUCAUGCUGCCCAUUCCUCUGCAAUGGAUCCCCAAGCCCGUCCUCUACGGCCUCUUCCUCUACAUCGCAGCCACUUCACUUGAUGGGAACCAGAUGGUGGACCGCAUGGCCCUGCUGCUUAAGGAACAGACAUCGUAUCCUCCCACUCACUACAUCCGCCGUGUGCCUCAGAGGAAGGUCCACUACUUCACAGCACUGCAGAUGAUCCAACUGAUCAUCCUCUGUGCAUUCGGGAUGUAUCCUCUGCCCUACAUGAAGAUGGUCUUCCCCCUUCUCAUGAUUCUGCUUGUCCCUGUCAGGACCAGCCUGCUUCCCAAAGUAAUCGAUGCCAAGUAUCUGGAUAUUAUGGAUGCCCAGCACAUGUAGAACAACACAGCAACCUUACGAAAAGAUUACUUUUCUCCAGCGGAAGGCAAACAGACUCAGAACUCAAUGAUUGUCAAUAACUGAAUGCAUUUGGACUGCAAGAUUUCUAUGCAACCACUCCGCUGGUGACAGGACGACCAUUUAAACUUCUCAUUUCCUUUCUCACUGUUGAACACAAAUUUACCACCAAUGUAGCUGACUUUACUGUAUAGCAGCCUACAUGUUUAUUGCAUAUUACAAUGUAGUCAUGAAGGAGUUUCCUCUGUUUUUCUUCUCUUUUUUACACACAUAUCUGUGGUAACUGACAGGUGCAUAAGUUGAUGUCAGAGACAUUUUUGUAUUUAAAAACACAUUAAUAAUUUCAUUUAAUUUAGGCAUCAUGUUGUUUAAUAAUGAGCUGCUCGGCCUGUGUCCUACCUGAGUCUGAAGUGUGAUGUUGAUGAGGUGAAUAGGGAUGUGGCAAAAUCUGUGUAAGUAAUUUUAUUACUGUAGAAAAUCCUGAUCAUUUAACAGAGUGAAAAGGAAUUUCUCAACAUGCAAAGUGAAGGUUCACUUCACACUGGUAAAGUUUUAAUUAUUGACUCUGUGCAUUACACUGUUGGGAUUAAAUCAAACUAUUGUAAAACAAAUAAAGCCUUUUAAAGGAAGUAAA